AGUUAAUACCUCGUCGAUUACAUUUGGUUUAAUUGAUGAUCAAUGCAGACUGACAGAGGAAAGAGAUUACGUUUUGGAAUGGUGAUUAAUUGUAAUGUUGGAGGUUCAGAACAUGAACACAGGGAUGACAAUGAAUUGUUGGCUUGUAUAAAAAGAAAUGAGGAACACGUUACAAUGACAAGGCUUAGUUUGCAAAUGGAAGACACAUUAAUUGCAUUGAAAGAAAAUCUGAGAUAUAUGAAAGACAAGUUAAACACUGAAGAUAAUAAUGGAAAGUAUUGUGCUGCUGCUGAAGAGGCGAGGGCAUCCGCAGAAAAAGCAAGGGAAAACGCUGAGAAAGCUAGGGUGGCUGCUGAAAAGGAAGUAGCAAAAGCCGAGUAUGCAAAGACAAAGAAUGAGGAGGCUAAGACAAAGAAAGAGGAGGCUAAGGCAAAGGUUGCGGAGGCUAAGACAAAGGUUGAGGAGGCUAAGGCAAAAGUUGAAGAAGAAAGAAACAAAAGAAUUUUUGAACUAUUGAAAUACAGCGGCAGUAUUGGCAUGAAUAACCUGCGAAUGAUACUUGGCAAUGUAACAGGUUCAAUGGAUACAACGUCUGAUCUAUAUGUACGCACGAACACAUUGGCAGAUAGUGUUCCAUCGGAUACCGAUAGCGAUUACACGAAAAGAAAAUAAUUGCAUAACUUUCAGCGAAAUCACUGAUUAUAUAUUUAACAAGUAAAUUUGCUCUAAUGAUAAAGAACCGUCGGCAGUAUAUUAAAAUUGGAAAAAUCAGUUAAUGUAUGUUACAUUAGUGUGUAUGUGUAUAUAUAAAUGUUUUUGCUGGUGCAGUCCCCGGGCGAAGCGAACAUUUGGAUAAUUGGCUAAUCGCCACUCACCGUCGAUUAAAAUAUAAUGUGGAAUGAGCGUUCGGUCACUGAAGGAGAAAUUAAUAUUAUUAUAGUAUUAUUAUAGUUAGCUUUCCAGAGUUUGGUCAUACUCGGCAGUUUGCCCACCUAACUGGUUCUUCAGCAUAACUAUUCGGUCUCUGUAUUGUAAUGACUACGUAUCGAGGAAGAUUUUUAAGUCAUCCAUGUGAGACUGCCAGGAUAUGAUCAAAAAUGUCUUGAAUCUGGCGCAAUAGAAAAUCAAAUAUGCAUUUUAUGUGAUUUCUAAUCAUGAACUACUGAAACUAAAUCACUUACUAGGUAAAUAUUUUAUCUCUUUUAAUUACUAGUUUGAUUUUCUUUCUUUUUUCUUCAUUGUUUUUCCUUUUGCAAAUAUACACGGUAUGUGAAAGGAUGUGUAAAGUAAAGUUCAAUGGUAAUUAUAUUUUUUUGCUUAUAGACAGAUAUUUCAUCAUACACUGGACAAAUGAAUUACUCCUUUCUUUUGAAAAUUGUUAUUUAUUGUUAUUUGUUUUAUUUAAUUAUUUUUUUGUUUGUUCAUUUUUAAUAAUUACAUCAUUUUUAGUUUGCUUCGCUCUAUUAAGACGCAAAUGAUCACUCUAUUUAAAAACACAAUCUGAAAUAAUAAGGUAAAGUUGAGAAACAAAAUUCGAAAUUACUUCGACAUUGGCGUAUUAUGCGUAUGCACGACUCACAAUCCGAUAUUUCAUCUGCUUUUUCUGAAGAACACAUGCUACAACUUGUGUCAUUUUGAUUUUGCUCCGUAACAGUAACAAAUUUGUAAGCAACAAUGUCCCAGUAUAAAAUUAAGAUUCGGAAACUUCGGAUGGGUAUCACGCUUACUAGCUCACAAAUGUUACUUUCUUUUUUAAUCAAUGUGUAACUUGUGUAUCGUUAAUAGUUUAUCACUGGUAUAUUGUAUCCUCCGUGUUAUGUUGUAUUUGGUUGGUAUUUGCCUAACUGUUGUGUCUUCAUUUGUUUUCCAUAGUGUGGUAGUGUUAUUGUAAAUGUAGUCUGCUUCGUAAGAGAGGUCACGGCAAGUUGAAAGGUUGUAUAAAUGUGUUCACUCAUAUUUCUCGUGCCUGGCCCUAAAAUUUCUUCUUGCUUAAGUAAAAUAUUUCCCAUCGCCAGUUCCAUAUAGUAAGAGUAACCGAUAACAUUAUUUACAGUAAAGUUGUGUUACAUGUAUAUUAGUCGUUACUUAAUAGUAAACUUGAACAUCAUUUAUUGAAAGUUCUUGCAUGGUGAUCCUGGUAAGAAUUUAUAUAUUUGUGAUGUCAAAUUCUUUUCCAUUGAUAAAUUGGAUAAAAUGUGUAAUUUUAUUGUUCUGUUAAUCACUUAUUUGUAAUUUCCUUUGUAUUUAGUUUGAAGGCUCGUUUUUGUAUGUCUAAUAAUAAAAGAAUGAACUAGAAGAAA